AUGAAUGCGACAGAAUUCAAACUCGUAGGUGCUACGAGUGCGUGCUUUCGUCCUGAGUCUCGGCUGUCGCCGUCCCCGAGAACGAAGCAGGAUGAGGCAGACGUCAUGGUCACCUUCGUGGUUCGUGGUCAGACGAAAAGUGAACAAGUCCCACGAAAGUCGCUGACAGACGAGGCGAGGUCUCUCCAGUUUUGUGCUGUGCUCAGCUGCCUGGGAAAGCGGGCCAUGGUGGAGGAACGGCAGGACGACGACAGCUACACACGUGGCGAGCAGGACUCGCAAGGCCGCUUCGUGUUGGAGGGCCCCACUAACGCAAAAGCUUUUGCUUUGCUUGUUGAGUGCGUGCGGCAGGCCGUGCAAAGCGUCUGUGGCGGCUUUGUGCAGAAGCAAACGGGUCACGGUUGUAGAAUUUGUUUUGCAAUUUGGACGCCGCACAGCGGCCGAGCAUCUGGAGCCAUGGUUUCCGGUCUUAUUGUGGGUGCUGCGUUUGCGGGCAUUUACAACUGGGCGUCUGGCGUCUACUCCUACAAUCGGGAUGCUUGGAUGACUGACAUACAGGUCGAGCAAGCUCAUCAUUAUCAAAAGGACAACCUGCAAAUUCAGAUGCAAGCAAUGCGACGAGACGAAGUUAGAGAUCUUGUAAAUUCAGACAUCAACCGGAUCAACAGCUCGCUCUUGGUCGCUACAUUGAUUUUAUCACUGGCAGGAGAGAUGCUCUUCGAAGGUCAGAUUCCAACAGAUUGCCCUCCUUUCGUGCUGAAUGCCUACAUGCUCUGCCUGGGCAGCGCAGUCUUUUAUUUGACCUUGUCCAUUCUGUCUGGAAUCAUCGCCAGCAACACAGCGUACCGAAAAGCCGCAAGGCUUCUCGUUCACUACAUUCGCCCACGGUGGAAGCAGCAUUUUCAACAGCUGCGUCAACGCCAAGCCCAUGAAAACACUGCCUGCUUCGAGUCGAAGCCUGUUGGCGAGAUGAUGCUGCCUCCACUGGCCGGGCGAAUGUGGAGAUCAUUUAGGCGGAAAAAUCCGGACAAGUCUGACAACCUGUCGGCGGCAAGUCCAAGGGCGGUGCCGCAUAGCUUGAGUGACAUGCAUAAGAAGAACGUCGAGCGAUUUUAUUCGUUCGAGGAUAGCUCUCCAGAUACCUCUUCGCGCAAGAACCAGCCAUCUUUCCUCAGGGGAUGCUGUAAAGCCGAAUCGAGGUCGAUGGGAAAGUUCCUGGCGGGUGAGGAUGAGGCCGACUCCGACGACUCGGAGGAGGAUCGGCAAAAUCUCCAAAGAGCCAAGCGGAAGUGGCCUGUGCAAUGGUACGUGAAGUUUUGGCACGAUCCCAACCACGAGUGGCAGAAAUACUGCAGUUGCAUGUUCUUGAGCGUCGCGCGGGGCACCACCAACUUGGUGGAAGCCUGCGGCUAUCUGGCAGUGGGCACACUUUAUGGUGGUUAUGCUGAAGCGUGGGCUUUCUGGGCAGUGCAGAUGCUGUUCUCUGUGAUCAACGUCAUGGUGGUGAGAUUCCUGCUUGGCAAGUUCGAAAGGGAAGCUGCAGACAGUGACUGGCGCGACUGCCUUCUGAAGCCCAAACGCCCCUUCCUUUUGGCCUUCGUGGUGGCUUCGGGCCCUUUGUGGUGUGUCAUCGCAGCUGCGACUUCUUUCGAGAUGCUGGAUCGGUUCCUCAUUCCAACGUGCUACGGCACCCACACAGUGGUGAACAUGUACUUCGUCUGGUGGCUGGAUCACAUGACAGAGAACAUGAAGCCCGUCGCUGGCGAGGAGGAGGAGGAAAGCUCCGAAGAUCAGCUCGAGCUCGGGGGUGUUGGAGUCAGGAACGAGCGUGGUCCCCGGCCUAGAAGACCGAAAGAGAAAGGCGGACUGAGUGGAAUGAUGAUGCUUUGGCUUGGUACGCUGGUCAUUAGCGCAUUUUGGAUGUUCGCCUUGGUCUGGGCUCUCCACGGCGCUUGCUACGGCAUGGAUUUCAGAAACAGCAAGGCUGCAGUUUCGAUGUGGCAAGACGGGCCGCCACUACUUGAGGUAUCGGCAACAGAUAUGGCUUCGCCAAGCCCAUUUUGGAGUCCCCAUGCUUUGGUGUGUCCUCGGAACCAGGUAUUCAUCGCAGACCGAUACCGUGUGUACGAGUUGAAAGACAACAAGUCCACUGUCGUGGUUUACCCUUGUUCAGUAAAUGGGACCAUAGCCGACAUAUCGGCAACUUGCGAUGUGACCCAUUGUUGGCCCAUCAUCCUCGUGCAUGGCACUCCAUCCUUGGUAGUGGACUGCAAAAGUGGAAUCCACAGCCCGCUGCUUCAAUCGAGUGGCGAAGCCCAGCGAAUUGCCACCAGCAGAAAUGCCUCGGCCAGCUCUGGCGCACUUCGAACCCUUGUAGCCACCAUUAGAGACAAGGUCAUAUCCCAGUAUGGCUGGUCUAUGGAGAGGGAUGGAUGGCAGCCGCUGUGGGACAUCCAGGAGUCUGUGGGCGUCUUAGCCCUGGACCUGGUGGACAACCGGCUUUUGAUUUUCUACCGUGGAGGCUUCCUGCAGGCGAAGGACAUCCGGACCGGUGGCAACUGUGGCAGAUGGGCACUGCCCAGCUCAGACAGAAUAAUUGGUGGCGGAUGCGGGAACAAGGAGACGGACAGCAUGCUGCUGCUGGCCAAAUCAAACGAAGGUGCGGCUUCUCAGCUGCUCAGAGCUGAACUACCCUCCAUGCAGGAUUGCAGCCACCCUGGCGGCAACUUGCCCCAAGCGGAUAUGGCGAGGCGAAUACAAGAGUUGGACCUGGAGGCGCGCAUUGAAGCCUGCCGUUACGUUGACUACUACCUGCUGCCUGGCCGCUCCAAGAUGCAACUGACGAAGGAGCUGCUUGCAUCGCUAGUUUGUGAAGUUCCACCGGCCGAGGUUCUUGACUUGGGCCAGCUGGGUCUAUGCCGGUCGGAGAUGAUCAUGGAUCGGAUCCACUUGGUUGGACUCCGCAUCAGGAACUUGCGUCUGGAGAAUUCUCACGUGAAGAAGAUCGAGGUUCACAGGUGUGACCUGCUGGACUGCGACUUCUCCUUCACAGUUACGGCCGGUGAAGUGAAAGUGAGCAGCUCAAGAUUGGAGAACGUCCAGUUCGGCGUUUUUACGAUGAUGGCAUCCGUCGAGGAGUCGCAGCUGGUGCAAUGCAAUCUUCGGGUCGCUGAAGAGCUCUUUGUUGCAGAUUCUGAGCUGGACAGCUGCACCUUCAAAGGCAGUGACGAAGAUAGGAAAGACAGGCAAUUCAUCAGUGCCAUCUUCAACAACUCGGAUCUGCACGGAGUACUUGCCAAGUCCAAGCCAGCAGCUGAUGAUCUCAGAGCCGAGGCAGCGCCCGAGAAGUAUCUGCAGCUAUAUGAUGACAUACUUCUGAACGGAAGUCGGAUCUUUGUGGUCACGCAUCAUCACGGAAACCUCCUCGCGAAAGUUGGGUUGAUCUUCCACCUCAAGGAAUUGAAGGAUGUUUCAGCCGACACGCAUGGACAUUUCAAGUAUGUUGCGGAGCACGAAGUCCGCGGCCGCGUCCGCAUCAUUUCCGUGGCAAACCCCGAAGACUGGACGGAGCCGUCCAGAUACCUCCGAGCUCAGGUGCAGUUGAUGGACCAGGAGCUCCAGCAAGAGACUGUUUCGCCCCCAGGCGAACAGGAGGCCUCGAAUGCCUUGGGCCGCAUCCGUCACAAGCUACAGGAUGCCUUGGCGCUGCAAGGUGAGCUCGAGCAGCAGAAGCCUGAGGAAUUGGGUAGGUUGGCCCGAAGUCUGCGCCUUGCCAGCGUGAUCAGGAAUCCUGGAUUCUGGGACAUGUGCAGCAUGCUGGCCUCUGUUCAAUCCUUCAGGCUCCAGCUGAACGUCCGUCGCCUGCGAGAGAACGUCAAGCGCCUCACCGCGCAGUGGGCGGAGCAAAACCCCGAGGAGUACGAGGCUUUGAAGGUACAACCAGAGGUGCUGCCUGCUCGCAUUCGCCGUGAGGGCAAGCAAGUGGGGGAGCUGCUGCGAGAGGGCACUGCUCAGCUGCAGGGUACCUUCCAGUGCAUCCUGCAAGCUCCGGAUGCCGAAGAGCGUGCAGAAUUGCUGGAAAACGCCGACAUCACCUUACCGUUUGACCGAGUGGUGUGCGAGCGCACGUACUUCCAUGGCCGACUCCUCCGCAUGACCAAAGGUGGCUCCACGAUUAGCCUGAGGCGUGCAAAGCUGCGAACCCUUCCAAGAAUAGAAUGUGAGGGCAAGAUCAUCCUGUGCUUGGAGGACUGCGACUUGCUGGAGUCAUUGACCUUCCACGGGAUGAGGCUGCAGUUGCGCGGUGUCCACUGUGCGAAGCCCUGUGAGUUCCAGGAGGUCGAGUUUGCAACAAAAGUUUGCGACAUCGUCUUUCCAAGGAGCAGCCGGUUUGUGAACGUCCGCUUCAAAGAUGGCCUACAGGCAUGCGUUGCAAGCGCCUGUCGCUUCGAGUAUUGCAACUUGGGCUAUGGUCAAGAUGCGGUAGCAGACUGUUUGCUAACGCAGUGCCAUUUCCAGUCGUGCCACUUCCCUUUCUUGGAAGACUGUUCGCCUGUCGCAAACUUCGCCGGGAGCCAGUUCAUUGCCUGCCGCAUCCAGUGGAGCGGACCUUUCGCACACGAGGAAAGUUUCGUGAUCAAUUCCCACUGGCUUCGCAAAUGGAAUCUGGCCAGUUGCACUGUUUCUGACGGUGCCGCGUAG